ACUACUUCAAUCGAGUCUCGUCAGUCUCAGUACGAGCAUUAAGCAUUUCAAAUUUUAUUUUACUUUUGAAAAGUCUAAAAAGCAUCAAGUUUGCUACUUUUAAACAAGAAAAUGAACAUGUAUGGCUGUAAACCCGGACCUUGUUCCGAUGCUGCUCAGGUUACGGACUCAAUGAAAGGAAAUUUACAAUGUCUAAACGACAGACUAACUAAUUAUCUAAAUAAUGUCCGCCAAAUGAAAGCAGGAGGUAACGCUUGCGAACCAGCUUAUCUGGAGUCGAUUAGAGGCUUGGAAAGAGAUUUGGAAAACUUAAAAUGCCACUACGAAAACGAGUUAACAAGAUUGAGAGACGAGUUGGAUAAGUGCAGACAGAUGAACGGUGCCUUAUCGGCUGAUCUGGAAAAUAAGAAUCGGGCUCUUGCUCAGCUUCAGAGUCAGCUUCAAGAUCAAUGUCAAAAGUAUAAGGCAUGUAUGCAAGAACUAGACGACUUGAGAAGAUUGUUGGCAGAUAGAGAUAGACAAAUUGCCGAAUUGAAGGCAGCUUUGGCCUCUUGUGAUACGCAAGUAACAUCUCUUAGACCCCAAUUGGAAAAAUGCUGCAGAGAAUUAGACGAAGCGAGAAAGAGAGCCGAUUGUGAAGCAACAAAUAGGGCUCAGCUUGAACAGCGCUGCAAACAACUUGUUGAUGAACUAAACCACGCUCAACAAAAGAAUCAAAGAGAUGCUCAAGAGGCAGCAGAUAGAAUAAGAUCACAACAAGAGAUUAUUAGUUGUUUAGAGAGACGUAUAACGGAGCUUAGCAAACCAGCUAACGAUGAGUUGGGUCCUAUACUGCAAAAACUUAGAGAUGCUAAUGCCGAAGAAAUGAGACGAUACAAAGCGCAAAUGGACGAAGCAUUAGCAAGAUCUGGACAAGAGGCUGCCGCUCAAAGGGAGGCUGAUGCACGAGAAAGAGAUGCUCUACGCCAGGAGAAUAUGAGCUUAAAAUCGGCAAUUCAAGAACUGCAGAGACGUGAGGCUGAACUGCUAGCCCAACUUCAAGCUUGUAGAGCUGAGAAUGAAAAUCUUAGGAGAGCGCUUGAACAGGAAAGAGCUAGAUGUGCCGAGAAGAUAGCUGAACUGGAAAGGAAGCUUACUCAACUUCAGGAAGAAUUAAUGUGUAAACUUCGAGAAUGUAACGCGGCAAAGGAGGCUCAGGCAACUUUGAAACACGAGAUUGAUACGUACCGCGCUCUAUUGGAAAAUGAAGAAAAACGGUAGAUGGCGUUUUAAUACGUUACCAUGAGUAAACUAAACAAACGACUUUUAAUUUUUUGUUUGUAGCUUGUCUAGUAAGCCCGUUGUCGUAACUGAAACAAUCAAGUACGCACCAAGGGUAUCGGAUUGCGUACCAAUUAAAAGAGAUAUGACCAACUACUGCAAAACUACUCCAUGUGGCCAGCCCCCACUAUACCAAAGCACAGCAACGGCGCUACCCAAAGCAGGUUGCCCUUGCGGUGGAUCAGCUGGUAGAUGCUCUUGCUCGAAUCACGGCGUGAGCAGCUCGGUAAACUUUUCGUCUUGCUCUCCUGCCAAUAUGGCUGCAUUGCACCGAGAGAAGAUGCUUCCCAACAUUGGACCUUCUGGUUACGCUUCCAUGCAAAGAGGACAAAACAACUGGGGUAGUUCUACCACAAGAAAUAUAGCUCAUAAUUCGAGACAAAGCUACCCAAUGCCUCGUAACUAAUUUUAUGGAAAGAAGAAUAAGAGAAAUGGAAUAAAACCCAUCUUUUCCCGCUUUUAAGAAAUAGAUGCUAUAUAUAUACAUUAUAUAAUAAUAAGGAUAAUUGAUUCAACUCAUUGUCUGUCUUAUUCUUUUUUAAAAAAUUUCAUUAAAUAAAGAAAUUAAUUGAAGAAAACAGAAAAAAGAAACAUUUACAUCUUUUAAGAAAAUGUUCUAUUUUCUCUCAAGAUAGGCCUAUAUGUUCCAUUAUUCCUUAGAAUUUUUUCUUUAUAAGCUCAUAAUUUAAUGUAGUUGUAUAUAUAUAUAUUUUCUUAUAGAAG